AUGACCGGCACCACCAACAAGACCCUCAUCUUCAAGAAGAUCCCCACGGACUACCCCGUCCCUGGUGAGCAUCUCGUCAUCGAGGACAAGGGCUUCGACCCCAACGCCGCUGCCCCCGAGGGCGGCCUGGUUCUCUCCAUUCUCUACGCCUCUUUCGACCCUUACCAGCGCGGCCGCAUGCGCGAGGCCAACACCAAGUCCUACACCCCUCCUUACCACCUCAACGAGCCUGUCACCAACGCCACCGUUGCCAAGGUCCUCAAGUCUGACAACGCCGACUACAAGGAGGGUGACCUCGUCAUCGCCCACCUGCCCAUCGCCGAGUAUGCCACCCUCACCAAGGAGCAGGUCGGCCAGACGGUGCAGAACAAGAUCAACAACCUGCACAACCUCAAGGACCUCGGCCUCUUCCUCGGCCCCCUGGGCAUGCCCGGCCUGACCGCCUGGUCGUCCUACCACGAGAUUGGCCAGCCCAAGAAGGGCGAGACCAUCUUCGUCAGCAGUGCCGCUGGUGCUGUCGGUCAGGUCGUCGGCCAGAUCGCCAAGCGCGAGGGCCUGAAGGUCAUCGGUUCCGUCGGCAGCGACGAGAAGCUCGACUUCAUCAUCAACGAGCUCGGCUUCGAUGGCGGCUUCAACUACAAGAAGGAGAAGCCGCUUGAUGCCCUCAAGAGGCUGGCGCCCGAGGGUAUCGAUAUCUACUACGAGAACGUCGGUGGUGAGCACCUCCAGGCUGCGCUGGAGUGCCUUAACCAGUGGGGUCGCAUUGUUGCUUGCGGCAUGAUCUCCCAAUACAACGCCAAGCCCGAGGAGCGCUACGGCGUCACCAACCUCUUCCACAUCGUCUCCAAGCGCAUCGACUUCCGCGGCUUCAUCGUCUCCGACAAGGACUUUGGUCCCAAGCACUACAAGGAGCACCAGGAGCAGCUGUCGCAGUGGAUCGCCGAUGGCUCCGUCAAGUUCAAGCUCCACUAUACCGAGGGCAUCGACAAGGCUGCUGAGGGUCUCGUCGGUAUCUUCAAGGGCGAGAACUUUGGCAAGGCGGUUUUGCAUGUUAAGGAUGAGUAA